GCGGGCGGCCGUUUGUAGGGGGCAAACAAUGGCGGAGGCGCGGGGCGGCGGCAGCGAUGGCGGCGGCGGCAGCAGCAGCGUUUCGGGCGGGCCCGGCCGCGCUCAGCUCUUCAGCACCGUGAUGGACGCGUUCCUCGGGAAGCUGGUGGCGGCCGGGAGCUACCAGCGGUUCGCCAGCUGCUACCGCAGCUUCUACAGGCUGCAGCCGGAGGUGACCAAGAGCAUCCACAGCCAGUUCGUGGCCCAGCUCCAGGCGUCCAUCAGGGCGGAGGUCCAGGAGGUGAUGGACGAAGGGAACCUGGAGGCGCUCCUCGACUCGCUGGAUAAGAUUGUGGAGGAGGCAGAGCCGCAGGAGGAGCCUGCGUGGCGCCCCAGCGGGAUCCCGGAGGAGGACGCGCGCAGUGCCCUCGUGCCCUAUCUCCUCAAGCACCGCUCCUACCUGCUCAGAGCCCUGAAGAACAAGGAGGAGGAGAACAAGAAGGUGGCAGAGUCGGUGCUUGCGGGAAGGGGCAGGAUCUCGGAGCUGCAGCAGCAAAUCCAGGCUCACAAACGGGCCUGGCAGGCACUUAGUAAAGAGCAACAGGAGCUCGUCCUGACCUUCCAGCAGCCCCAGUGAGGACGUGGGGAUGUCCUGGACCUCUCGCAGGGCUUGAUCCUCAUCCCGGAGGGAAUGUUCAGCUCCUGUUUGUCCCAUCAGGCCCAAACGGAACUUGCGGCAGGACUGCAAAGCCGCUGGAUUGCACCAGCUGGAUCAAAGGAAUAACAAAGGACACAACAGGAGCUUUGGGAAUUGGGGACAGUUUCCUGCUCUCAGCCCAGCAGGGAGGAGAAUCCCAUGGAUGUGGGUGGCUGCUGCUUUGGUGCUGGGGGGAGCGUGGUUCUAGCUCAGUACACAUCAACUGGGGGCCUUGAAGGGAUCUCCCAUGGGCGUUGGGAGGGAGAUGGGUGCUUUAUCCAUGGAAUGAGGAGCUGGAACCCACAAAGUCCACAUCAGGAAAUGGUGUUUGGAAUAAAUAUCCCCUAGGAUUCUUCACAC